UUUGUGUCUGAGUGAGGGGCACCCCCAGGCUCAUGCCUUCCCGGCUUCCGUCCUUUCCGCGUCGGCGGCUCGGUACCUUAGCUGCUGCAAUGGCCAAGAUCAAAGCCCGUGACUUACGAGGGAAGAAGAAGGAGGAGCUGCUGAAGCAGCUGGAUGACCUGAAGGUGGAACUGUCCCAGCUGCGCGUCGCCAAGGUGACUGGCGGAGCAGCCUCCAAACUCUCCAAGAUCCGGGUGGUGCGCAAAUCCAUCGCCAGAGUGCUGACAGUCAUUAACCAGACCCAGAAGGAAAACCUCCGGAAGUUCUACAAAGGUAAGAAAUACAAGCCUUUGGACUUGAGGCCCAAGAAGACACGAGCGAUGCGACGGCGGCUCAACAAGCACGAAGAGGGUCUGAAGACCAAGAAACAGCAGCGGAAGGAGCGACUCUACCCCCCUCGGAAGUACGCCGUGAAGGCAUGAGCCUGGGGGUGCCCCUCACUCAGCUCACAUUCACACAUUAAAGGUGCCUGGUUCUUUGGAA